AUGGAGAUUUGGUUACCUAUAGUAGGAGCAGAUUACUUUAUUUCUAAUAUCGGACAUAUCAAAAAUAAAAAUGGCAGGAUUUCAGAAGGAAGUAUUCAUAAAGGACAUGGUUAUGCACAAACAAAGAUUGGUAGAAACAAUAAUUAUACGUCUGUUAAUAUUCACAGAUUAGUUGCAGAAGCCUUUAUUUCUAAUCCAGAAAAUAAACCUUUU